GCUCUAUUCCCCCUCUAAUGUUAAAACACCCACAGUGUGCGGAAGAUAGAAAUUGUGUUUGUUCAGUCCUUUAAAGGCGAAAUUGAGAACAGGAAGGACAAUUACUCCCGGCAUUUCUCAUCGGAAUCGAGGACGUUUGCUAACGUUACUACUCAGUCGGGACGGACAUGGCGUCUGCCAGCUCCUGUAUCGUGAUCAGUGAUGAAGAGCAAGGUUAUGACCUGGACCUCUUCUGUAUACCAAAACAUUAUGCGUCUGACCUGGAGCGAGUGUAUAUUCCACAUGGACUCAUCAUGGACAGAACUGAACGUCUGGCCAGAGAUAUCUUGAAGGACAUGGGUGGCCACCAUAUCGUUGCUCUGUGUGUGCUCAAAGGGGGCUACAAGUUUUUUGCUGACCUACUAGAUUACAUCAAAGCCCUCAAUCGCAACAGCGAUCGUUCCAUUCCGAUGACAGUGGACUUCAUCCGCCUCAAGAGUUACCAAAAUGACCAAUCUACAGGUGACAUCAAAGUAAUUGGCGGCGAUGAUCUGUCCACACUCACAGGAAAGAACGUCUUGAUUGUUGAGGACAUCAUUGAUACUGGGAAGACGAUGAAGACCCUGCUCGAACUUCUCAAGCAGUAUAAUCCAAAAAUGGUCAAAGUGGCCAGUUUGCUGGUGAAGAGGACACCAAGGAGUGUUGGCUACAGACCAGACUUUGUAGGAUUUGAAGUCCCUGACAAAUUUGUGGUUGGGUAUGCGCUUGACUACAAUGAGUACUUUAGGGAUUUAAAUCACAUCUGUGUCAUCAGUGAAACGGGAAAGGAGAAGUACAAAGCAUGAGAAGCCCUGCACUUCCCCCUUUAGCUGUAUCAUUUGGUUAUUUUUUUAAAUAUGGUUUUCAUUUUAUAUCCAUUUUGUAUUUUUUCAGUAGCGCAGCUCACCGCAGGUUAGCAGGUCCUGCACUCAGGGUCUCUGGUGAGGUGUGUGCUGUUAAUGCACCUUACAUUUACUUUGGCUUAUACCUCCACAGGCAGCCCCACACACAUUAUUAACCACAAACACUUGCAGUUCAGUCUCUGAGAAUAGAGGUAAUUUAGACUGCUGCUCUUAGUUACAAUGGGGGUUUUAAACAACCAUUUGUGUAAGGAUUCCCUUUAAUUUAUUAUAAUGACUUGUACAAGUUAUUAUAGGUAGGUGUUUAUGUUUAAAGACUAGAUUAAACAGAAUAUUGAUUUGCUAUUCAAUAAUGAACAUACAUUUGAUUUGCUCAGAUGGCAAAAGGAAAACAUUCAUGUUUCUCAAAGACUAUUUGCAGUGUAAAACUGUAAUCAAAAA